AUGAUGAGGGGGUUCCUGCCAUGUGUGACCCAACUCCUGGGUCUGCUCCUCCUCUUGCUGACCCCAGGGAGGGUUGAAGGGUCAUCAGGCUGUCCCUUGUCCUGCUCCUGUCAUGGUGGUCAGGUAGACUGCAGCAGCCGCACCCUCACCACCUCCUCUUUACCCUCCCACUUCCCUCCUGCCAGCAUCGAGCUCCGUCUCCACGACAACCAGCUGACCACACUCCCCAACGGCCUGCUGGACUCCCUUUCCUCCCUCCGCUCUGUCUCUCUCCAUGGCAACCCCUGGGCGUGUGAUUGCGGCGUGCUCUACCUGCGUUCCUGGCUGCUCAAACAGCCUGUCGACUACGUGGGACACAGUAAUGUCACCUGCAGUUCCCCUCCCUUCCUGCGGGGAAGGCUGGUAGUCUACCUGGCUGAGGAGGAGGUUUUGGAGUCCUGUCACUACUGGUACUGUGACCUGGCACUGGCCUCCCAGGUCUUUCUGUUUGUGUUUGUGGCGGUGCAGGUGGGGCUGCUGGGUGCCAUGGUCGUGUUCCUAAGGAGGUUUGAAAGGCUGUCCCGUGAGGCACGAAGGACCACAGAGGAGAGCUUUGCUGGGGGGGUAGGGGCUUAUGAGUAA